AUGUUCAAAUGUAUUUUUGUUAUUUAAAAAAAAAAAAAUUUGUCAAUUUCAAAAAUAUACAAUCGAAAAUAGAAAAAUAAAGACUAUACUUAAUAACUUACAACAAAACACGUAAUAAUAAUGAUGCAAACACAAAUUCACGCUAAAAUUUUAAAAACCUAGAUAAAUCGAAAUUUUUUGAAUUUUUGGGUUGAGAGUUAACGAGGUUUUAGUGUAUAUAUCUAAAAAAUAUUUAUGAAAUUGACAUUUAAAUUUUAUUUUAUUGUAGAAAAAAAAAAUAUUUUAAUAAUAGAAUGUAUUAAAAAUAUAUUUUUAAAUUAAUUUAAUUUUUAAAAAUAACAAUACUUACUUACUUACUAAGAGUGA